CCGGAAGCGGGCAGAGGUGGAAGGUAGAACGUUUAGGCCUGUGGUUGCCAUAGCGACAGGGAGGUUGACAGGCCAGAUUCAGCCCUGGGGGAGCCGACAAGGUGCUUAGAAGAACACGCAGUCAAGUUUUUCAUCAAACACAUGGAAUAUAUCACAGAACUUUGCUAAGAUGGACAACUCUAUGCAAAAAGACCAACACCCUGGCAAAAAAUAUUCCAGAAAGACUGACAAAGUACAGAAAGGUUUUACUGCUGUGUAUACAACACAAUCCUCCAUUCCUGUUAAAUAUCAGCCUUCCAGAAUUCCAGAAUCAGAAAAAAAAGGAUUUAAUAGUCAAGCCAAGCGGUUUUACCAUAAAAAGGAUGAUAUCCCAGGUCCUGGGUUCUACAACGUCAUUCACCAGUCGCCUGUGUUUGACAGUGUGUCGUUGUCUAGGAAAGGGACGUGUACUUUUCCCUCUAUGUGUGACCGACUGGACACCAUCGUCUCUAAAUACCCUGCAGCUAACGCGUACACUAUACCAUCACGUUUUGUUUCGAAGAAAGACUUCAGUAAUUCCUGUUCCAGCAUGUUCCAGUUGCCAAGCUUCGUGAAAGUUCUCAAAUUUGAAACUCCCGCACCAAACCAUUACAAUGCCUCUGUCUCUUGCUGCAAACAGACAAACAACGUUUGUGCCCGAGCCGGGUUCAUGUCCAAAACCCAGAGAGGACUUUUCACUAUUACUAAAACAGGACCUGCCCCAGGGCAUUAUAAUGUCAACGAAUCCCUUGUGAAGCAGUCGCCGAAGAUAUUAAUGUCUUGUUUUAAAUCAAAAACUGGCCGUGGAUUAAAACUGAUGUCGACAGGCCCAGGACCCGGUUAUUACAACCCAGGAGGUCACAUCGAAGUUCAAAAAAAGACUCUUAUCCCGAGAAACCCCAUCCUAACUUUCUCUGCCCAGCCUUUGCCUCUGCCCCCGAAGCCGCCUCUUCCAGGCCCUGGGCAGUAUGAGAUCGUGGACUACACGGGGCCCCCCAAGCACUUCGUCUCCAGUGCAUCCUUCGUGUCCAACACCAGCCGGUGGACAGUGGCGCCGUCCCAGCCAGGCCUGCCCGGCUCGCCUGGCCCAGCCACAUACAAGCCGGAAUUCCCCGGAAAGCAGUCCUUUCUCUACAAUGGGGACAAGAAAUGGAUCCCAGUGUUGUAGUCACCUCAUCCGAGCUCAAGGAGACCCCCCCGGCCACCAGCUGUCACCCCAGGCACCCCGGACGGUCAUUCAGAGAGCGCCCAUCUCGUGUGUGACGGCUGAUGACUUGGGACGUCCUUGCCCCCUGCC